CUCACAGUCGCGAGAGAGCGCGCACUCGCUACUCUUCACACAUCCGCAUAUCCUAUACUUACAUUACCUAACGCGAAUCUUUUUUUAAUCGACAACAAUAUCUCAAAAGUUACAAUUACAAAUUGAAAAAAGAUAUAUACUUUGGGAGUACUCGCCGGAGCACAGUGUGUGUGUAUGUGUGUGUGUGAGAGAGAGCGCCGUAGCCGUAUAUAGAAGAACAAGCAUCAGGAUAUUACCGACGAAGCUGCAGUAUCGCCGCCGUUCCAUACAUACAUACAUACAUAUAUACAUAUAUAUAUAUAUAUAUUUGUGAUAUAUCGAAGAGACUUCUUUUUAAUUGAUUAAGCCGAGUCGGCGGCGGCGACGACGACAAUCUUUUUUCGAGAGUACUUAUUAUAAAGUAAAUUACUUGUGACUUUUGGUGUGUUCAUUGUACCGUGUUGCAGUUUGCUCUCUGCAGCUGUACCCAAAAAGAGAAGCAGCGGUGGGGAAAACGCAGAGAUACAACUAGUUUGAUAUUGGAUUGCAGAGAAGAGAGAGAUACAUACAUACAUACGUACGUUUUGUACCUGUAUAUGUGCGCGCUGAGUCGAACGCGAGUAUAUACGCUACCUGCUCUUGUAUAUAUAUUAUACCAACAACAAUAUUUUUUUUCUUCGACGCCCCCGGAGUGUGUCUAUUCGGUUGCUUCGUCACUCUCUUUUAAUCAAAGAUCUCUACUGGCAUGGAGCUAGGAGUGCACUGACAGCGAUAUAGUUCACAAGAUCUUGGUUUCCACGCAUUGCCUGCCAAAGAAGAACUGAGCCCAAUGUUUCCACACAAUUCUAGUUCACAUAAGAUUUCUACCGAAACAAAUGCCUUCGUACAAAAUUCCAAGGGGGAUGUAGUAGUAUUAGAGGGAAGCAGUCUGAGUGGGGUGGGGGAGGGAUACGGAUCAGAGGACGCUGGGUACUGUGAUAUCGAAUUCAUUAACAACAACAGCAGCAGCAGCAGCACGAUGACAGCACCUAACAGCCACCCCGAAGCUACCGCCGCCAAUGACUUUUCAACCGUCCCGUCAUGCCAUUCUGGUGAGCUCGGCUUGGCUCGGCGGUCAUCAUUAUCUCCGGCAGCGGCAAUCGCAGGAUCAACAUCUCCGAUGCAAGUCGCGAGUGCCAUUACGGCGAGCAGCAGCAGCAACAACAACAAUAAUGAUAAUAAUAACAAAGAAUACAAUAACGAUAAGAGCGUAGUUGCAGUAGCCGCCUCAGCCGGCCUUAGCACCGCUAUCAUCACCACCACCAACAGCAACAACAAAAAGAUCAACCUAAAUAUGAAGAAGAAGAACAACAACAACAAUAAUGCAGAACAUAAUCAUCAUUAUCAUCACAAUCAUCACAAGUGCAGAAAAGUGCGUAAAAGCAGCAGCAGCAAGACAUGGCGUCGUUGGCCCGGUGGCCUUCUUCGACUAAAUAAAAGACGACGACCGGCCAGCAGCCAAGCAGCCGCUAACUCUAAGUCUACGUCUAAGCCGUUAAGUGAUAAUAAGGAUAGCUUUAGAUCAUUAAGCCCUAGGGUACUAAGCAUAAGGAGAAGCAGCAGCAGAUUGUUCAGCGGCGGCAGUGGCAGUGGCGGUGGCGGCGACGCCAGAAUUAGUUACGGCCGCAAGGACAAAAUUACAAAAAUGAUGAAAAACAACAAGAUACGGCACCCGACUGUGGGGCCAACACCUAGCCUAGUUAGGAUACCCAAGUCUGACGGCCAGCGGGCCUUUAACCUUAAGGCUAAGAUUAGUCAUGUAAGUUACUUUAAGCCGAAUAACUCCAAGUCUGUGAUAUCGCUCGGCUCGGGCAGUAGCGGUAGUUUCAAGCGCCGCGCCAAUAACGCCACCAAUACCACCAUUAUCAACAACAACACCAUUAGCAGCAGCAGCAAGCGUCUCGCGCGCACGGCCAGUUCUUCCAUUACGCUUAUCGUUUCCAAAAGACGCGAGCCGCAAGCGCCCGGCGCUGCUCCCUCAGAAAUUUCAUCUCUGUUAUCUCAAGCCACCAACAAUGGGCGCCCUACUACUGCUAUCAACGAGCUAAAGCGACGACUAAUAAGCGCAUUAUGUGUUCCAUUAACGAUAAGCACUCCGGACGGGAGCGGCCCGUCUGCGAGAUUAAUCGAUGGUAUUAGCUGUACCGAAGCAACAAUAUGUACUGUUGGUGCUCUUUCAUUUCUGGAUAACAAUAAGUCUAACGAGCCUCUAAACAUUAGCUUUAAGAGCGACGCGAUGCUGCUACCGCCGAUGGAUAACGAGCAGCAGCAGCAGCAACGCCAGUCUAACCUAAUACUUAAGUCUCUUACUCUGUCUAAGUCUACGCCGAGCGUUAAGUCUAGCGAUAAGUCUGACACUGAUGUUGUAACGAUCACUACUACUGUAACUACUACUAUUACUUCUAAUGAAGCUGCUGAUGAUAGCGGCGCAUCAGAUGGUAACGUCAAUGUUACCAUUGGCCAGCGUGGCGACGAUAACAAUAACGAUAAUAACAUUCCUACACCGACUACCUGCGAUGAUGUUAAGCCUACGAUGACGCUUACAAGCCAAUACUACCCGAUAAUCGUCACUCAACAGACAUCCCAAACGAACGAUGUACCUGCCGCAUGCGAGCCUCGCCUCAGCAACAACAAUACUUUUACCUUCAACGAUAACGACAAAGAUCAAGUCUCCACUCUGCUGACCGGUCAAGACCAGAUUAAAAAGAUCGUAAACGACAACAAUCAACAGACAAGAGCUAGCCUCGUGGAGGACUGCAAGGACCUCAUUGCCGAAUAUCGUGUAACGCGUGAUAAGCGCUACCUAACGAAACUGAGGGAGGUCCUCGAUACUCUUCUGACCAUCAACAGCAGCAGCAAUAACAACAAUCAGAGCUGCGCCAAAGCAGUUCAACAGUACAAUGUUGAUUUCGUUCUGGACUACAAGCUCCGUUGGGGCAUACCCACUAUCGUCGGAUUGGCUGGAGGUGGUGAAAGUUCGCUCAACAAUAGUGCCACAGCCAAUUGGGCUUCUACUCAGCCAACCACACCCAACAACAACAACCAAAACCAGUCUGGCUGGGGCAACAGCGGCAGUGCUCCUGGCACCGCUGGAAAUCAGGUGGGAGGCCAAGCCGUACCACCCAACAACUGGCAGAGCGUCACCGGACCUCGGCCCAUUGGAAAUCAAAUAAACAACCAGCAGAGUCCCAAUCAGAAUCAGGGCCCACCUGGUCCACCAAACAAUCAAGGUAUAGGAUCUAAUGCCCCACCGGGUCCUCCGACGUCCCAGCCAAGCAACCAGAAUCAGCCAAAUCAAGGCAAUGGCGGUAACGCCGGAGCCGGUGGUCAGUGGAACCAAGGUGGUCCCAAGCCCGUUAACAAUGUCAACAACCCGAACAAUCCGCCAAACAACAACAAUGGCUCGAACGUUCCUUCUCAGCAGCAACCACAACAACAGCAGCAGCAGCAGUCCCCGCAACAGCAGCAACAGCCCCAGCAAGUCCAGGUACAGAACCAACAGCCGCAACCACAACCUACCACUGGCAACAACAAUCAACAAAUUGUUGGUAAUCCGGGAACUGGGAACUCUGUUUCCACGCCUUCGAGCAACACCACGGUCAAGCAGUAUGAAACGACGUUACAUAAUAUGAGAGAGGCCAUUUUUAGCACUGACGGUUGGGGAAGCCAGAACCACGUAAACCAAGACACAUCUUGGGACGUGCCAACUUCUCCUGAACCAGCCAUAACGAAAGAUGGUGUUCCCAUGUGGAAACCGCCUGUGAACAACGGGACUGAGCUGUGGGAGGCGAAUCUGAGAAACGGUGGCCAACCACCGCCACAGCAGGCCAAGGCCCCUUGGGGUCACACCCCAUCCACGAACAUUGGUGGCACUUGGGGUGAAGAUGACGAUGCAGCCGACACGUCGAACAUGUGGACCGGAGCUCCGGCUCCGAGUCAGCCGAAUGCUGGUCAGUGGCCUGGAAACUCGGGCAAUCAGACCGGUAUGUGGAACGCGAACCUCCCGCCUCCUGGUGUCCCUGGAGGCGCCGGUGGUAACAAUACAGGUUCAAGCUGGGGCGAUCCCAGAGUCGACCCCCGCGAUCCACGCGAGCUGCGUUCGGUGGACCCUCGCGAGAUGCGAGGUGGUGAUCCUCGCGAUCACCGCAUGUCUUUGGACCCGCGCGAGCAACACAUUCGUGUGAACGAUCCAAUGGCCCGCGACCCCCGUAUGUCUGGUGAGAUGCGAGGCGAUCCGCGCGGUGGAAUCAGCGGUCGACUGAAUGGUGCCAGUGCCGACGCAAUGUGGAACCUACCUCCAGCAGGUGAUAAUUUUUUAUCAGGACCACCACACCAUCAAAUGCCUGGCCAUCACAACACCAAUGGACCACCACCCAAGAUGAUUGCUCCAACGAGUAUGAAUCAGUGGUCGGCACCACCCAAAGAUAUGAUACCCAGCAAAUCUUCCGGCUGGGAAGAGCCGUCGCCUCCCGCGCAGCGAAGGAACGUGCCAAACUACGACGACGGGACCAACAUUUGGCAGCAGGGCAAUCAGCGCACGAUGCCUUCCAAAGUCUCACACUGGAAAGAGGCACCUUCUCAAAAUCUUGGACGUGGAGAAUCUCAUUUCUUGCGCACAGGCAUGCAGUGCCCGCCAGGAAUGCUGCAGAACCAAAUGCCCCCUGGCCAACCGGGUAUGAAGCCCGACCCCCUAGACGGUGGUGGCUCAGGCUCAGGAUCAAGUGGACCCAUGUGGGGUGGUCAUCCUGGUAGCGUUGGACCUAUUGGAGGUGGUCAUAACGGAUCAUGGACUGAUGGUCCUCCCGACUCUGGAUGGGCCGACUCAAAGCUUCACAAUCGUCGCCGCCAAGUUAUAGGUGGAAUAUCUGAUCCUCGUACCGGAAAACCAUUAUGGGAUGAGCAUCAAAAACCACAUUCUAUGGGUCCAAGUGGCGGCAACUGGAUUGAUUCUGACAUGGAUCCUACCAGCAGUUGGGGACAUUCAGCUAAGCUUAAUCUUAGCAAGGAGCACAUCUACAAUAGCCGCGAGUUCCGUAAUCUUUGUGAUAUGGGCUUCAAGAAGGAGGAUGUUGAGAUGGCCUUGCGCAACCGUGAGAUGAACCGUGAAGAGGCCCAAGAAUUGCUGAGCCAGUUGCGUCCAGUCGAUCAGUGGCGUCGCCAUGACGGUGGACACUCAAGUUACGACCCUGGCAAUCAAGCAGCGGGCAGUCAAUCAUUCCCUCGCUUUAACCAUGUUUCCCAGCAGAUGUCCUUCCCACAGGGGGUUGGCGUGCCGAGCGGCGCUGUAGCUGCUGCCGCCGGAGGCUCGGUGGCCAGUGCCAGUCUGCUGAAGCUUCAGCAACAGCAACAACAACAGCAACAACAGCAGCAACAGGCCGCGGCCGCUGUUCAGCUACAACAGCAACAGCAACCGAGCAGCAAUGCGCCCCAGCCACCCUUCAACCAGGCCUCACGGAACCCGACGAAUCAGCCAAGUACUCAGCAGCUGCGCAUGCUGGUCCAACAAAUCCAACUCGCUGUUCAGGAAGGCUACCUCAAUCACCAGAUCCUCAACCAGCCACUGGCUCCUCAAACACUCUUGCUCUUGAAUCAACUGUUACAACAGAUUAAAACACUCCAGCAACUUCACCAGCAGCAUACCAUGCAGAACUCGCUCAAGGGCAAUAGCCAGAACGUACUCCAAAUCAGUGUCAACAUUACAAAAACCAAACAACAAAUCGCCAAUCUGCAGAAUCAAAUUGCCAUUCAGCAGGCCACUUACAUGAAACAGCAACAACAACAGCAGCAGCAGCAGCACCCGAGUACUCCGUCACAGUCUGAUUACUACAAGACCUCGUCGGUCCAUGACCCCAUGAGUGCGCUGUCGAACAGCUUUAGUGACCUUGCUAUGAAUAAAGAAGCUCCAGUGAGCCAGCCUCAGUCACGUCUUAACCAAUGGAAGCUUCCGUCCCUUGACAAAGACGUCGACUCAGUGGUGAACGAGUUCUCGCGCGCUCCUGGCAGUGCUAGCUCCAAGCCACCCACUACACCAGGUGGCCUUAGCCAGUCCCAUAGCAGUCCCAACAUGAACCCACUGCUCGGACCUAGCGACAAUACCUGGUCCUCCCGCCUAGGAGAUAGUGGCUGGCCUGAUGCUGGUAACAGCGAUUCUACCGACGGCAAGGACUGGCAGACGGCUCAAAGUGCUGCUGGUGCUGCUUUCACUGACCUUGUGCCCGAGUUCGAGCCCGGCAAACCCUGGAAGGGAACGCAGAUGAAAUCAAUUGAAGACGAUCCAAGUAUCACUCCCGGCUCUGUGGUGCGCUCUCCAUUGUCGCUUGCUGCCAUCAAGGACUCCGAUACCCUAUUUUCGACUGGCAACAAGUCUCCGCCACCGCAAGCCAUCAACGUUGACAGCACCAUUCCAAGUCUCAGUAACUCGACCUGGAGCUUCAAUCCACCUGCUGCCACUACUCCUAGUGUCUUUUCCAGCUCCAAGAAUACAUGGGGAGAAAGUGCUCCACCACCGACACCCGUCACUUCAGAGCUGUGGGGCGCGCCGAUGGGUAAAUCCCGCGGUCCACCGCCAGGCCUCAGUAGCAAGGGCACCAACCCGGUGUCUAACACAAGUAACGGUUGGGCUCUCGGUGGUAGAGGCUCGUCUGCCAAUACUUGGACCGGAGGUUUGGGCCAGUCGAACGCUCCAGGUGGUGGAGUUUGGUCCCCACCCUCAACCUGGCUGCUACUCCGUAAUCUAACACCUCAGAUAGAUGGCUCGACUCUUAAGACUCUGUGCAUGCAGCAUGGACCUGUCUCAGAUUUCCGGCUCUACUUGCACCACGGUGUCGCUCUCGCCAAGUACUCGUCGCGAGCUGAGGCAAUCAAGGCCCAGGGUGCAUUAAACAACUGCGUACUCGGCAACACUACAAUAUUCGCCGAAUCACCACUGGAAGGCGAGAUCGACACGCUGCUAAAGCAGCUUCUACCAAGCAGGGAUGCAGGUGCUGGUCCAGCUGGUACAGGUGCUCAGCAGCCAAACAGUGGAGCCGGCUGGGGUCUGAGACCGGCUGCAAACAAAGCCGGUCCACCUACCGAUACUUGGGGUGCCAGUACCAGUCAGUUGUGGGGUGCCCCGCCAUCCAGCAAUUCGCUCUGGGGCAGCUCGGGCCUCGACAGCAGCGACCAGCAGCGCGCCACCCCGAGUUCUCUCAACUCGUACUUACCCGGCGACCUCCUGGGAGGUGAGUCCAUGUAAAGUGAGCAUCAAGGGAGGCCUUCUUCUCGUGAGCAACGUCAAUUAAAACAUACGCACGCGAAAUCUACCUGUCGAGAAACUAAAAGAUACGCAACCAGAGAAAUACAGCUGUGUGCAGUGGAGUGACGAAGACACAGAGUAAGGAAAUUACUGCUUAUGAAAGAAAAAAAAACAAAACAGAAUAAAACAAACAAACAAAGAAUAAUAAAAGCAAGUGAGCGCUCCACGACACAAAGAGAGAGAGACUGUAGGCUACUAAAAAAACAAUACGUAUACAUAAUAUGCGAGCGAGACAGACAAGAAAUUCGUCCCCGAGUGAGCGUUACUUAAUCGAAACGAAGUAUAGUAAUUAUUUUAGCCGAGAAGAAGCAAGAGAUUCAAAAUAUAAACUUAGAGAAGUCGCGAGCAGCAGUCCAGAGGCUGUAAAUGUAACAAAAGUGUGUUUUUCAUUUCACGAGUACAAUUAAAUGAGUUUAAUACUCAUAUACAUACAUAUAUAAUAUAUACGUACAGUAGUUUUACCGUCAUGUCUGCUCCUCGCGAAUUCGAUGAUGCAAUUAUCGAUUACGCUUGCAAGAAUAUACCGACUGCCGAGGAGACUCGUAAUCUCAAAGUUACAAGGCUCGCCGGUCAAUCUUUCUUCUAAACAGUUCACGUUAUGUACAGCAAAUAUGCGCGCUUACAAAUUUCAAGUGUUCCACUAAUAAUUUUCCUCUUUCUUUUCCGUCAUUUAAACGCUGAAUGAUAGCCCACGGGCGAAUCGUGGCGUCAAACUUAGACUGCAUUAAUCUAAUCAAAACAUACAAAGGAAUAAUUGAAUAGCUGAAAAGCAGGAAGACGAAAAAGCGCUAGGAAGAAUUGAAAUAAAGACGAACUAAAGUAAACAAACUUUUUUUUAAAAAAAAAAGAAGCAAAAUAACUAUAAUAGCAUUGACGUCGCCCGAGGCCGCGUAGGGUCUCGAUAAAGUAUAUUAAAAGUUCUCUCCGUUCCCGAAGUCUGAGAUACAACACAUGUACUGUAUUAAAAAUAUACAAAAUAUUUAAAAAAACAAAAAACAAUAUCCGUCGAGAGGCUGAGAAUAAAGGGACACGUACGGCUCCGAUUCGUAGGUAGCCCGAACAAAAAAAAAAAAUAAUAGACAAACUAAACAAAAAACGCCAACGAGAGAUGAGACGCGGCCGGCGACGCAACGAUACCAAAUGUUAUCGCAAUAACGUAAAUUUUAUUCUUAUUAAUUAAAUCUAAAUGCCACCUGUCGUGCCAAUGUCCAGUGUGUCUCUGUACCAUUUAUUAAUCGUAGAGUUUUAAUGAUAUUUAAAAAAAAAAAAAAAAAAAAAAAAAAAAAAAA